CAGGAGGAGGCGCGGCGGCGAGUGUGGGUGGGGCUCAGGCGCAGGAAGUGGCGGCGCAGGCGCAGGAGGAGGCGCAGCGACUGCGGCGGCCCCCUCCCUGAGUGAGCGAACCCCUGGGCUUGACAUGCCCCGGCGGCCCCGGCAGCCGCCUGUCCGAGCUCGCGGGGCCUCGGCCCAGGCAUGAGCUGGCUCUUCCCGCUGAGCAAGAGCGGCGCGUCUCCCGCGGCCGGAGGCGGAGGCGCGGGGGGCAGCGGCGGUGGCGGUGUUGGGGGACUCACCAGCCUUCAGCAGCAGAAGCAGCGGCUCAUCGAGUCCCUCCGCGCCGCGCACGCCAGUAUAGCUGAGAUCCAGAAGGAUGUGGAGUACAGAUUACCCUUCACAGUAAACAACCUCACAAUUAACAUUAAUAUCUUGCUUCCUCCUCAGUUUCCUCAGGAAAAACCAGUGAUCAGUGUUUACCCUCCAGUACGACAUCAUUUAAUGGACAAACAUGGAGUGUACGUUACCUGUCCAUUAGUAAACAAUUUUACAAUGCACUCAGACCUUGGAAAGAUUGUUCAGAGUCUCUUGGAUGAGUUUUGGAAGAAUCCUCCAGUUUUGGCUCCAAGUUCAGCAUUUUCAUACCUGUACAGUAGCCCAGCAGGAAUGCCUCCUUAUGCUGCUCAGGGUUUUCCAUUUCUUCCCUCAUAUCCUCCACAAGAAGCAAACAGAUCUAUGGCUUCUGUUCCAGUUGCUGACACUGUUUCUUCAGCCUCAAGUUAUUCCACACCCAAACCUGCUGCUCCUUCCUUUGGUUUCCUCUCCAAUCUGCCAUUGCCUGUUCCCACCACAGAUGCUCCAAUGCUGACAGGCCAAGAUGGGUGUGGUUAUAAAAUGCCCGAGAUCCCUGAUGCAUUUCCAGAACUCUCUGAACUCAGCCUGUCACAAUUAACAGAUAUGAAUGAACAAGAAGAAGCAUUCCUGGAACAGUUUUCGACUCUGCCUCAGUUGAAGCAAGUCAUUACUGACAAGGAUGACCUGGUAAAGAGCAUCGAGGACCUUGCCCGAAAAAAUCUCCUUCUAGAGCCUAACCUGGAAGCUAAAAGGCAGACGGUCCUAGACAAGUAUGAACUCCUCACUCAGAUGAAAACGGGCUUUGAAAAGAAGAUGCAGAGGCAGCAUGAACUCAGUGAGAGCUGUAGUGCAAGUGCCCUCCAGGCGAGACUGAAGGUAGCAGCCCACGAGGCCGAAGAAGAGUCCGACACCCUUGCGGAGGAUUUCCUCGAGGGCAAGAUGGAAAUAGAUGAUUUUCUCAGCAGCUUCAUGGAAAAGCGAACCAUUUGCCAUUGUCGAAGAGCCAAAGAGGAGAAGCUUCAGCAGGCAAUGGCUACACACACCCAGUUCCAUGCUCCUCUCUAGUAAGUGUUUCAUCCGGUGCUUUCCCUUAGGCCCUCCCACUGUUGCCUGUCUUCCAGAGUGACCUCUGACUCUGCCAUGCUAUCCUGUUAGCAUGGCUGUGGGGCAGUGGCACAGGGCAUUGGAGAGAAAGAGAGGAGAGACACAAUGGACUGGGGGCGGGGUGGGGUGGGGGGUGGGUGGGCUGUGGCCAUACAAAGGGGUUUUUCCUGGGCUCUGAACAACCUCAUGUUUGUGUGUAUGGAGGGAGAAGCCCUUUGGGUUGUACUUGUUUCUUCCUGUCAAACAUGCCCCCUCUGCUUCCUCUUCCUCCCUCCCCCCCCCCCCCCCCACACCCAGAGGAUUCCGGAGCCCCUCCAUGUUUCUGUCUCCACUAGAACAGCCCCAGGCCUACCCUCUUGGCUGGCCACAGGGCUUUUGCCAAGAGGACAUUCACUAAGUGCUUCUGGGUUGUUGGAGAAGGUUCUUCAGGAGAGAACAAGCUAGUUGCCAUCCAUCUCGUUUUGUGAGUGUCUUGUCAAGUACAUUUUAAGGUUUUGUUUCUUUACAGAUCUUCCUGAACACAUGAAUUGCCAAGAGAAUAAUGAACAAUCCCAAUUAAGCACAUUUUCAAUCGAUGUGAUUUUCAAACAGGCAUCUCAUCCUAAUGGUUGUAUUGUGUUGUAGAGAUUAACUGUAGCCAUUGUGUAGAGCUGGGCCUGAUUCUGCACCAAUUAGGAUGCCUUUUAUUAUCUUGGUUUGAGAAAUCCUUCUGCACUCUUUGCACUAAAAAUAUCCUUUGUAUUUAUUGUUGAUAAAGUCUCUUAUAUUUAAGUUUCUGCUGCUACUCCCUGCUUAUUAGAGAUUAAAUACCUAUGCAUGGAAUUUUGGAUAAAGGCGAGUGUUUUAUAAAUUCAUAUUCUUGUAAAUUCAUAUUUUUAACUGAAAUGGACUGGUUUAUUUAUAAAAGAAAUUCCGGGACUUUUUUGUUUUUUCCUCUUAUGACCUUUUUUUUUAAGUUGCUUUUUGGGGGAAAUGGUCAUUAAAAAAUCCUUAUUGGAAAAAUUUUGUUCCUAAAUGGUCAUGCCAGCUUUUAAUCAGUAUAGAACCAUCUGGCAGGUCACAGUGGCAUGGUGGUAACUCUAGUUUGGAGCAUGAACUCCAAUGGCCCCUGCUCGGAGCCAGCCCAGCCUGACCCUGGCAAGGCAGCUAUCCCUCAGUCCUCCAGGGAUCAGCCUCACAGAGCUACAAGAGGUGGCUCCUCCUCAGAAGGCUGGAUGCCCCCUGGAUGGCUGCUUUCUCUUUGUGUUGGGUGCUUCUGGCCAGGUAUGAUCCGUGCCGGAGCAGGAAGAAGGACCCACCAUACCUUUGAAAUCCCAGAAGAGCCAAGGAAUGAUUCUGAAGCCAGUAUCUCCUCUGCAAAUGUAUUGGUUUGAUGUUCUAUAGGAAAGCUGUGGCCAGGACAAAAGCCCCACGCACACCCCAUAUUCAGGAAGCCUCCAGGAUGACCAGCCAGGCUGGUUUGUUUGCUUUGAGGGCUUUGUGAUGAGACACUGCUCAUUUGGAAUGAGUCUUCUAGAAGGGACCCUCUGGACAUAGACAGGCCAAACAUUCCUUCCCUAACCUCUGUCAUCAAUGAGUUUUACCGCUAAUUGGAGACCGGGGGGAGCCAUGCGGGGUGGCUGGCAGGCAGGGGAUUCCUGAAUUUGAAGCCAGAGGAGCCGAGUUCUUCCCUUGGCUGGCGCGGCCUUGCAGGAUGACCUGGAGUCAGGCUCAGGCCCUCUGUGGGCCUCACUCUGUAGAGGACGUGCCCACAUGGAUAAAGCGAGAGGUUGGACUCGAACCUCUCGCUCUGUGAUCCUGAAUGAAUAAAAAUCAUGUAUACUUUUCUUAUAAA